GGUUGCAGUUUCCGCUGCAGAUCUCGGAAGUAGUGUCUGAGUCAGUGUCCAGUACCCGGUUUCGGAUCCCUGUUGCCGCUGCCGUUGUCGCCGCCGAGAUGCCGCUGGAGAACCUGGAGGAGGAGGGUUUGCCCAAGAACCCCGACCUCCGCAUCGCGCAGCUUAAGUUCCUUCUCACCCACCCCGAGCACCGCGGGGACAGCCACAUCCGGGCCGAGCUCAUGGAGGCCAUCACCCGCAACAACAUGGCGCCGUAUUACGAGGGUCUUUGCAAACAGGUCGACUGGCAGACAGACACGGACUUGCUGAACAAAAUGAAGAAAGCCAACGAGGAGGAGCUGAAGAGGUUGGACGACGAACUCGAGGACGCUGAGAAGAACUUGGGCGAGAGCGAGAUCCGAGAUGCCAUGAUGGCGCGGGCUGAGUACCUGUGUAGGAUCGGCGACAAGGAGGGAGCUCUGACAGCUUUCAGAAAGACCUACGAUAAGACCGUGGCUCUGGGGCACCGCCUGGACAUAGUCUUCUACCUGUUGAGGAUUGGAUUAUUUUACAUGGACAGUGACCUCAUUACACGGAACACGGAGAAAGCCAGGAGCCUCAUCGAGGAAGGGGGUGAUUGGGACCGGAGGAACCGCUUGAAAGUGUACCAGGGCCUGUACUGCGUGGCCAUCAGAGACUUCAAGCAAGCAGCCGAACUCUUCCUCGAUACGGUGUCCACGUUUACGUCCUACGAGCUGAUGGAUUAUAAGACCUUUGUCACUUAUACAGUAUACGUUAGCAUGAUUGCCCUCGACCGGCCAGACCUAAGGGAGAAGGUUAUUAAAGGUGCAGAGAUCCUGGAAGUUCUGCACAGCUUACCCACAGUCCGCCAGUAUCUCUUCUCGCUGUAUGAAUGUCGCUACGGGGUUUUCUUCCAGUCUCUGGCAAUUGUUGAACAGGAAAUGAAAAAAGACUGGCUGUUUGCGCCUCAUUACCGUUACUACGUGCGGGAGAUGCGGAUCCAGGCGUACAGUCAGCUGUUGGAGUCCUACCGCUCGCUGACGCUGGGCUACAUGGCGGAGGCCUUCGGAGUUGGCGUGGAGUUCAUAGAUCAGGAACUUUCAAGGUUUAUUGCAGCUGGGAGACUUCAUUGCAAGAUAGAUAAGGUUAAUGAAAUUGUAGAGACAAACAGACCUGAUAGCAAAAACUGGCAAUAUCAAGAAACCAUAAAGAAAGGAGAUCUGUUACUGAAUCGCGUUCAGAAACUCUCCCGAGUAAUCAACAUGUGACCCUUCUCGCUUUUAUCGAGGGUGAAUGGAUCCAGGUGUAGAAGACCCCGUUAGGUUGUGUAUGAAUAU